UAAGCAUAAUCAAAGAUAUGCGCAGUACACGACACUGCAAGAUUUGCAGUCUGGCAAAGAAGUGGUUAUAGUGAAUGCAUGUCCAUCUAAUCUUCAACUUUUUUCAAGAGCCCGAUGUUCACGCUCUACAAAUCGCGUUGUUUUUUCAACAACUGUACAAAAUUCUUCCAGAAUCUUCGAAGCAUACGACCCCUUGGGUCGUCUGCGGGGAUUUCAACAUGCAUCCCGACUUUCCUGUGUAUGAAAUGUUGAGAAAUGGAAAAUUGUACGCCGAGAGUAUCGAAAAGUUGAAUCCAGUAAAGUGGAAACAUCCCGACCUAACCAGGCAAAAUGAGAUUGUAAAUUACGACAGCAUUGUUCUUCGAAAACACAAGAAAAGUUUGACGCAUCCAUUUAGGGAUGCAAAAAGUGCGUACAAAAGUGUUUUGGGAAACGAACCCACAUUUACUCACUACGAAUGCAGCGAAGAUUUCGCUAAAGAAUUAGGAUCCAAGUUCUUGAUAGAUACCCUGGAUUACAUUUGGUAUUCAUCUAAAUCGCUGCAAGUUAAUGCCGUCCUGGAGAUGGUCAAAGAAGGUCUCAUUAAACCCUAUUGUGCAUGUCCUAACGAAGUAUUUCCGUCGGAUCACUUGUCGUUGAAAGCAUUUUUGCAAUUCCCUGAAAGAACCAUCUAAAUCAGCGAUCGUAUAUUUUAACAUUUUCCACCCAAUUUUAUACUGUAAUUAAUGUGAUAUAUGAUUUCUUUAAAGAUAUAGUUCAACUCGGAAAUCUUGAAGUGUUUGUAAAAGUUGAUCGUUCAGGUUGAUCUAGCUUGAAAAAGAUGACGGCUCUAGUUUUCGAAAUAUCACCAGUCAUCACAGCCUACAACGCUAUAGGCCCAAAUCCUUUUGUAUAGAUGAAUUUUUUUUCUUCACUUUACCCUGUACGAUCAACUUUCAAACUUUUUUUGCAAUUUUCAUCGAAGGGUAAUAUAAGUAAUGUGCAUAUUAAAUUUUCUUUUGUUCUUGUACAUGACAGUACGUAGUUCUGCAAAUCAUUCGUGCCAAUUACUCGUCACUCGAAUGUGAGGAAGGGCAGUCAAGUGCAGGAGCGUGGUGACCUAGGGGUGUGUGGUGGGUGUUAUUUACUGCAUUUGGGGGGAAAAUUACGUCUUACGAGUCAAUCUGGGCGGAGCGAGGUUUGGUUUCUUCAGUUUCAUAAACAUCAUGGUAAAAAAUUUCCCAGCCUUGAUCUUUAGAGGCUCAAUUAAGAUAUUGUAAUAUACUCCACAACUUGGUAUAUUGUAUUUAAAUAUAGUUUUUAAUAUCAACAAUCUAUCUUAGCCUCUUGCUCGCAUCCACACUACUUCUACACGUGUUCGACUGUCAUGUGAUGUAUCCAUCACGUGGUUAACUACGUUACAGAUAUUACCUAAUCUGCUGUAAUUAUCAUCUGAAUCAAAAUCCGUCAACAAAUGUUUAUCCAAUUAUUAGAUGCUGAUUUGUGUAUAAGGCCCAAAUCGUUAGC